AUGGAGCAAAACUCCAACAGAGCUGAAGCUGAACGCUUGCUCGGAGUGGCGGAGAAGCUCCUUAGCCAAGGCGAUUUUAACGGGUCAAAAGAGUUCGCGAUCCUCGCCCAAGAAACCGAACCUCUGUUAGAAGGCUCAGAUCAGAUCUUAGCCGUAGCCGACGUCCUCCUCGUUGCGGACAAGCGCAUAAAUAACCAUCACGAUUGGUACUCCAUCUUACAAAUCGACCGAUCUGACGAUCAGGAUCUCAUCAAGAAACAGUUCCGCAGGCUCGCGCUGCUCCUCCACCCUGACAAAAACAAGUACCCUUUCGCAGAUCGAGCCUUCAAGCUCGUGGCCGAUGCCUGGGCUGUUUUAUCCGACACACGGAAGAAAUCGCCGUACGAUCACGAGCUAAUUCUUUUUACGAAGGUCGAUUUAACAAAUUCUGAUUCCACCCACCAAGGUAAAUUGCCCGUGAGAAGAGGCCGGUCGCAGAACAGUACAAAGAAAAAUAAUCAUAAUCGGCAGGAGGAGGAGCAGCGAUCAAAAUUGUCAACUUUCUGGACAACGUGUCCGUACUGUUAUAUAUUAUACGAGUAUCCAAAGGUUUAUGAGAAUUGUUGUUUAAGAUGUCAGAAUUGUCAAAGAGGAUUUCAUGCAGUCUUAAUCCCGAAAUUGCCUCCGUUGGUUCCGGGGAAGGAGGCUUACUAUUGUUGCUGGGGGUUCUUUCCGAUGGGGUAUUCAGCUGCGAAUCCGGAAAAUGGUGUGGCGACACCUCCAUCUACGUCAGGGUUUCCUAAUUGGAUGCCGCCGAUGUUUCAGGGUGGUGGUGGUGGUAGUGGUAGUGGUGUUGUGGCAGCGGGACCCAAGGUUGGUAGUGGUGGUGUUGGUGGUGGUGUUGGUGGUGGUGGUGGUGGUGUUGGAGUUGGUGUUGGUGUUGGUGUUGAGGCUCAGGGUGGGAAUGUUAAAGUUAUUAAUGAUCAGCAAGUGGUGCUUAAGAAAAGAGGAAGGCCAAGGAAGAGUCCUAUUUAGCUUUAACCAGGAGGCUAGGUCGGGUUAUAAGAUGUCUAUAAGGAUGAUAAGCAAUGCAAUUUUCAGCGAGCGAUUUUGGUGGAUGUGAUGAUAGGGGUAGGAGUGGAGAAUGAUGAAUGAAUGCUCAGCUGCGUAUGUUUUGUGAAAUUUCUAGAUGGUGACAAUUUAUUGGUAAUAAACAGAACAGUGGCAGAGCAAUACAUGGUUAGAUUUGGUGUGUAAGAGA